AUGGAUCAUGGAACCACCUUGCGACAUUUUGCCAAGACGGUGGUGAACCUUAGCAGUGGUUUACUCUUAGCUAGGCUUCGGAUUCCGAGAAGUCGGAAUGUGUCGAACUCCUUCUCAGCUUGGGAGACCCUGUCAGAGGACGAACAUCCGCUGUGCAUCGCAGUCCGACGCCCAGUGUCACCUCCACACCACUAUGAGGCGGUAAACCGUUGUGGAGGAUUUACCGCCUCAUAUUGGCGUGGAGGUGACACUGGCCUCACAGUGGAGACUCAUUACUCCAACAAAUUAGAAACAGCUAUUUCGCGUUUUAAAAACGAAAAGUUAGAAUCGCUCAGUGUUUCUAAAAUUGAAGGAGAAAAUUCUGCACGCUUGCUAAGAGAUAGUAUGCAACGUUUGGAAGAAGCAAUAGGAGCUAUUGAUGCCGCAACUUCUAAAAUCGAGCAAGUUCUUCAAGACUAUGCCGCGGAAUUUGCUGAAUUAACUCAACCUGCAGAAAAAGAUCAGGAAGAUUUUGAAGAAUACUCUGCUAAAGCAGAACUAUCGGUAACAUCGGCGUUUGAUUAUUCCUUACUUUUAAAAGCCAAAGCUUUUAAAUCGUACGGUAAAAUGUCUUGUUUAAUGUCGGGCACCAGCACAUCGCACGCACAAUCGCAAGAGUGCGCGACGGCAACACUGACUCAACCAAAACGAAUUGAACUUCCCACUCUGCCUAUACCAAUCUUUCGGGGGAACGUAUGGGAGUGGGACAACUUUUGGGAACUUUUCAAGGAAAAUGUACACUCUCAGGACUUGCCAGAACUUUUCAAAUUCGACUAUUUGCUAAAUGCCUUGAAAGAAGAAGUCCUAGAGUCAGUGAAAAAGUUCCAAAUCAAUAGAGAAAACUACAGCAAAGCUCUUGAGUUCCUUCAUCACAAGUAUGGCAGUGCAGAAGAGCUUGUUAAUCGUCUCACUAAUAAACUUGAACAUUGGGAAAAGCAAGUCUCUUCACAGACAAGUAAGAUAGAGCCAUCUUACGGAGCAAAGAAGAACAAAGAAGCGCGGCACCAAUAUAAGGAUUCUAGGCCUACUAAGAUCAUCAAGAAGGUAAAUCACAUAGGUGAGGAAGCAGUCAUUUGCGAACUCCAUUCAGUACGGAAGACAAAAGGCUCCAGCAGCACAGUCCUACCGACCGGAGAACUAACGGUAAAGAAUGCAAAAACUAAGAAUCUCAGGAAAAUUUGCGUCCUACUUGACAAUGGGGCAGAGAUUUCUUUCAUCGACAGUAGUCUCACCGACGACCUUCAUCUCCCCACUCUCGAAGAAACAAAAAUACGUCUGCACACGUUUGGAUCGGAACAAGUGCAAGAAAAAAUAUGCCGCAGGGAUCAACUAGACGUCUGGGAUGUGGAAGGACAAUCAAUGUCUCUGUCACUCCUCACACAUGAUGUCCUCACAAAAUCCUUCGAUACUCCGCCAAUACGCGAAGAGGACGUGGAGUUCAUCCGCAAGUUGAACCUUCCUAUUAAGCUCACAAGAGACAAGUCGACAAUUCAACCACUGCAAGAAGAUAUAAAGGAUACCGAGCUUUGCGAGAAGUUCUGGUCCUUAGAAACAGCUGGAACUGAAGAAUUCGACAAGUCUGAGAAAGAGGAAAAAGCUCUUGUAGACCAAAAAGUGUGGGAUAUUUUCAAAAACACCAUUGAAAAGAGAAAUGAUGGUUACUAUGUUCGGCUUCCAUGGAACGAAUUCGCGGGAGAGGACAACAGAAGUAUAGCAUUUCGUCGGCUAGCAAGUGUCUGGAACUCUUUAAGAAAAGACGACAAGCUAUUGGAACAGUACGACCAAUUGUUCCAGGAGCAGAAGCGACUUGGAACAGUACGACCAAGUGUUCCAGGAGCAGAAGCGACUUAA